AUAAUCACAUUUUCUAAAUAACAAGUCACGACAAGUGAUAUGGGCAAUACAAAGUAUUACGGUUUUGUGUGUUGGGUAAUCAAACAGACAAGUAAAAACAAAAGACACAACAGCAGCAGCGACGGCGGCGGCGGCAACAGCCGAAGUAGUAGCACACAUCGUGUUACACAUCCAUAUAACAGGCAGGCAGAACGCACGAUUCAAUCGCACAAGAAGAGCAAAGAGACAAAAAAAAACAAAAUAAAACCAAACCGAACAAAAAACAACCAACCGUAUAUACCCUGUUAGAUAGAUGAAAGAUCAGAAGCUAUACAAAAGCAAGCGAAAAGAAGAAAAAAAUCGCACACAAUACGUGAACUCGAAACAGCUCAACCAAAAGGUUUUCAGUCUGCUUUCAACUGUCGUGAGAAACGGGUAUUGAGUGUGUGUUGUGUGUGUUUUGUCUGAGCCACCUUUGAAAUUAUGUGAUGAUCGAUGUCAACUUCGACGACGACGAACGGCAGCAAUUCACACGCAAAAGAACUGAUCGUACAAAAGUGUUCAACAUUGCAAUUGAAAACAUAUCGUGAAACGAAAAAGCAACCAUUCAUAGUUUAACCAAAAGAAGAAGGGAAAAAAAUGAGGAAAAGUGCUAGCAAUAAUAAAUGCUCAUUCCAGCCGAUAACAUUGUAAUCAAUUAAGUAGACGAUACGAAAAGGAUAGUAAAUCUGUGUGCUGUGCAGUAUCGAAAAAUUCGAUUUGAUUAAAUACAAAUUAAUUGGUAAAGAUCGUUUCGUUAUUAUUGAAAUCAUCGAUUCGAUUGCUAUAAUCGGUUGUUGAAAAAACAAACAACGAAUUGAAAUCUGAGUGGCGCAAAGAGAAAUUAAAAAAAAAAAGUUCGUUGAAAAUGAAACGUGAUGGAUCAGAGAAAAAAAGUGCGGUCGGCUCGAUCGAUGAGAAUGUGCCACUGGAAUCGGGCAAUGGCAAUCAGGAGGCGAGCACACCAUCGCAAAAUGGCACCGCCGAUGCCGAUGGUGAUGUUGGGCUAAAGGCAAAAAUGAGCCUUUUGAACGGUUGCACUGUCAUCGUCGGAUCAAUCAUAGGCUCGGGCAUUUUCGUAUCACCCACCGGCGUUUUGAUGCACACCGGCAGUGUUAAUAUGGCGCUCAUCGUAUGGAUAAUUUCGGGCCUUUUCUCUAUGGUUGGAGCAUACUGUUAUGCAGAGUUGGGAACAAUGAUUCGCAAAUCGGGAGCUGAUUAUGCCUACAUUAUGGAAACAUUUGGCCCAUUCAUGGCAUUCAUUCGUUUGUGGAUUGAAUGUAUGAUUGUUCGGCCCUGUUCACAAGCAAUUGUUGCGCUCACAUUCAGUACAUAUGUCCUGAAGCCAUUCUUUCCGGAUUGUGCACCACCCGAAGAUUCAGCCCGUCUAUUGGCCGUCUGCUGUAUCAUGGUUUUGACAUUUGUCAAUUGUUGGGAUGUAAAAUGGGCAACAAAUGUGCAGGAUAUAUUCACGUACGCCAAACUGUUUGCACUGUUUUUGAUCAUCGGUUUCGGUGGCUAUCUUCUAUGUCAGGGCAACGUAAAAUACUUUACAUUCGACAAUACAAAGACCGAAGUUACGUCGCUGGCGCUAUCGUUCUACUCCGGCCUCUUUGCAUACAAUGGAUGGAAUUAUUUGAACUUCAUUAUCGAAGAACUGAUCGAUCCAGUGAAAAAUUUACCUCGUGCCAUCGCUAUAUCAUGUACCUUAGUGACCAUUGUUUAUGUGCUAGCCAAUGUGUCUUUCUACACCAUUUUAUCGCCGGAUGAAGUGCUCGGUUCGAGUGCCGUGGCGGUUACAUUUGCUGAACGCGCAUUCGGAAUGUUUGCUUGGACGAUCCCAGUAUUUGUCGCAUUGUCAACGUUCGGUGCAGUGAAUGGCAUUUUAUUGACAUCAUCAAGACUGUUUUAUGCUGGUGCAUGCGAAGGUCAAAUGCCCGAGAUCCUGACAAUGAUCCAAAUACAACGUUUUACACCGACACCGGCUGUUCUUGCCAUGGCACUGCUAUCGAUGCUUUAUCUCACCGUUUCCGAUAUAUUUGCAUUGAUCAACUAUGUUGGAUUUGCCACUUGGUUGAGUAUUGGUGCGGCUGUUUUGUGCUUGCCAUGGUUGCGAUGGGCUCAACCGAAUCUGCCACGACCGAUCAAAGUUAAUUUGGCAUUCCCAAUAUUCUACUUGAUUGCAACUGCAUUUGUAACCAUUGUUCCAAUGAUUGCAAGCCCCGUUGAGACUGGAUAUGGUUUACUCAUGAUUUUGUCUAGCAUCCCCGUUUACUUGGUGUUCAUCGCUUGGAAAAACAAACCAAAGUGGUUCCAGAACGGAAUGAGUGGAUUAACGCAAACGCUACAAAAAAUGAUGUUGGUUGUUCGCCCGAAAAUGAAUCAAGCGAAGUAAGCUUAACGAGAUGUCUUCAAAAGUUGAUGAUGGUUGUUGGAAAGAUAAAACCGGCUCAGGUUUAAAUUUCCGUCUGCCGAACGAAACAGUAAUAUCGACCGGUACAUCGUUAUAAUUGCAAUUUUUACACCAAUUUUCAUGGGGAUGGCAACAGCGUCAUCAAUCACCAUCACCACCACCACGGCAACAACACAAAAUCUCAUUAGGCUACUAUCAUACCAUUUACUGCGUAACUACAUAAUUGUGAACUGUUAUCCAAAAGACAAGGCAAAAAAGCAACUUGAACCCUAAUUCAUUCCGUUUGAUUUUCUCAUGGGAGACGAUUUUGUUCCUGGACAGCAACUAACGCAUUUCCAUUAAUUUACAGUGUGAUUUAGUUAAAAAAAAAAAACAAAACAAAACCAAACAUAACAAAACAAAAAGACGAUUAAAAACAAGCGAUUAAAGUUUAAGUUCUGUUUAAGUUGAUACAUACACAUCAGACAACAAAACAAAAAGAAGCAUUUAUAUCACAACAAUAACAACAUUCUAUGACGUAAUGGAUAAAUAUUUUGAGCUUGUUGAUAAAAGCACAACGAAUAGUUUCAACAGCCAUAGCUUUAGUGAAAAGUUCAAAAUAUUUUAUUUUGAUCAUUUUUAAGGAAUGAAUUGAUUUUUAAUGAAAUUUGGUUGUUUUAAAUCUCCCUCCCCCCACAUAUAUACACACACCCACAUUCCCACGACCCCAUACACUUACACACACACUCAAAAUUAACAAGCCAAUAUUAAAAUUAAUUGUUAUUCGUUUUGAUGAAAAUGUCCCAUCGUAGUUUAUCAUUGAAAACAAAUGCAUUCUAUGUAAAUUAUUAUAUACAAGACGAUAAAUAAAGCACUAAGAUAGAGAGAACAGAUUGAGAUUUUCUCUCAACGCACACAUCUGCAGUAUAUAUUCAAAUAUAUAAAUGAAAAAAACAAAUGAUACGAGAUGUUAUUUGACAAUAAUAAUUUUAAGCAUUUUUGACGUUAUUUUAAACAAAAAAAGCACAUACAAACAGGAACUUUAUUUCAAUGUUGAUUUUAAGCAGAAAAAACCAAUUAUAGAACGGUAAAAAUGGACGGCAUGAGGCCAUAAAAUUAUUCUAUGUAUGUAAGAUAAUAAAUAGAGAGAGGGGCCUAAAAAUUCACUGCAAAAUUUAAAAAACAAAUUAAAUCAAAAAAAAACUGCAAAAUAGAUGAUUGAAAUGGCUUAUUCUAAAUGUGUCCAAGUUCCAUUGUAUGUACGACAAUUAAAUUCUCUGAAAUAAAGCUAAAAGCAUUUGAAGCAAAA